CUGCAGUGAUGCAGUAACCAAACCCUGCUGCAGCAAUUUCAAGCACCUUCAACACAGUCCCUAUUUAAGAUGUGAUGAAUUUUUAAACAUUUUGUAUCCCCCACCUUGCUGCAAGCGGAAGACUCCCCCUUUCCUUCACACUCCUCUUUCAUUGCUCUCUCCCUUGCUUCCUCCCUCCUGUGCUUUCUCCAUUCUGCCUCAACCUUGACUGGAUUCAUCUGUUGGGAUGUCAGCAGUGGACAAUAGGCUGCAAACGCCUUCCUAUUCUGUAGGAUGCUAAGAUUGUAUUAGCCCCUCAAAUUCUAAUGAACGAAGUGUCAGGCCAAGCAGUCCAGGGUACUCUGUUCCCGUUACUUAGCGCCCUCACAGGUCAGGAGGGAGAUUUACCACCAAGAAUCAUUGUCUUUCUAUCACACCGAUGAACACAGGUUAAUUGGUGCAAGUGAGUGUGGCGCCCUUGUUGAAUGUUGCUCACCAUGGCAAAGCGAGAGUCCAGCAGCAGCCCUGUGGUCCGGCAGAUUGACAAGCAGUUCCUAGUGUGUAGUAUUUGUCUAGACCACUACCACAACCCAAAAGUAUUGCCCUGCCUGCACACCUUCUGUGAAAAGUGUCUGCAGAACUACAUCCCCCCUCAGUCUUUGACACUGUCCUGCCCGGUGUGCCGACAGACCUCCAUCCUGCCUGAGAAGGGUGUGGCUGCCCUGCAGAACAACUUCUUCAUCACAAACCUAAUGGAGGUGCUGCAGCGUGACCCCGAGUGUGCUCGGCCUGAGGCCUGCAGUGUCCUGGAGUCUGUGAGCGCCGCCGCUGCGGGCAAACCACUGUGCUGCCCCAACCACGAGGGCAAGGUGAUGGAGUUUUACUGCGAGUCCUGUGAGACAGCAAUGUGUUUGGAAUGCACAGAGGGGGAGCACCGGGAGCAUGUGACUGUGCCGCUGCGAGACGUGCUGGAGCAGCACAAGGCAGCACUGAAGAACCAGCUUGAUGCCAUAUGCAACAGGCUACCGCAACUGACAGCCGCCAUCGAGCUGGUGAAUGAGAUCUCAAAGCAGCUGACGGAGCGCAAGAACGAGGCGGUGAGCGAGAUCAGCAGCACCUUUGAGGAGCUGGAGCGAGCACUGCACCUGCGCAAGAGCGCCCUCAUCAGCGACCUUGAGAAUAUCUGCAGCACCAAGCAGAAGGUUCUGCAGUCCCAGCUAGCAUCUCUCCUCCAGGGCCAGGAGAACAUCCAGAGCAGCUGCAGCUUCACCGAGCAAGCCCUGAGCCAUGGAAGUGCCACUGAGGUUCUGCUGGUGCGCAAGCAGAUGAGCGAGCGGGUGGGCUCCCUGGCACGGCAGGACUUCCCUGAAAGGCCGCAUGAAAAUGACCACCUUGACUGCGUGGUGGAGACAGAGGGGCUUCGGCGCUCCAUUCAGAACCUGGGCGUGCUCAUCACCACCAGUGCAGUGGGCCACACCAGCGUGGCGACAGGAGAGGGCCUCCGGCAUACCCUGGUGGGGCACCAGACCUCCGUGACAAUCACCACUAAGGACAAGGAUGGGGAGCUGGUGAAGACGGGCAAUGCCAUCCUGCGUGCUGAGAUUACAGCACCUGACGGCAGCUACACAGAGGCAGAGGUGGUGGACAACAAGAAUGGCACCUAUGAAGUAAUCUACACGCUGAAGUCUGACGGUGAAUUCUCCCUCUCGCUGCUCCUCUAUAACCAGCCUGUGCGUGGCAGCCCCUUCCGUCUGCGCUCUAUCAAGGCAUCCGACGUGCCACAGUCCCCAGAUGAUGUGAAACGCCGCGUGAAGUCGCCCAGCGGGGGUGGACACGUCCGUCAGAAAGCUGUCCGGAGACCUUCCAGCAUGUACAGCACAGGCAAGAAGAAAGAGAACCCCAUAGAGGAUGAUAUGAUUUACAGAGUGGGCACACGAGGCAGGGAAAAGGGGGAGUUCACUAACCUGCAGGGGAUUUCUGCCUCAGGGAACGGGAGGAUUGUGGUCGCGGAUAGCAACAACCAGUGUAUCCAGGUGUUCUCAAAUGAUGGUCAGUUCAAACUUCGUUUUGGGGUUCGAGGGCGCUCUCCCGGCCAGCUCCAGCGCCCCACUGGCGUCACUGUUGAUAUGAACGGUGACAUCAUUGUGGCUGACUAUGACAACAGAUGGGUCAGCAUCUUCUCUUCCGAUGGCAAGUUUAAGAACAAAAUUGGAGCUGGACGUCUAAUGGGGCCAAAGGGUGUGGCUGUGGAUAGGAAUGGCCACAUCAUCGCCGUGGACAACAAGGCCUGCUGUGUCUUCAUCUUCCAGUCCAAUGGCAAGCUGGUCACCAAGUUUGGGGCGCGGGGCACAUCGGAUAGACAGUUUGCAGAAAAAUGUGGUGCAAAUGUUGUACUGGAGCAAAAGCUUAGUAAAUCUGGCCCAGUGUUCAGCCCUCACUUUGUUGCUGUAAAUAACAAAAAUGAAAUUGUUGUGACAGACUUCCACAAUCACUCGGUCAAGGUGUACAGUGCAGAUGGAGAGUUCCUGUUUAAAUUUGGUUCUCAUGGAGAGGGAAAUGGGCAAUUUAAUGCUCCGACUGGGGUGGCAGUUGACGCAAAUGGGAACAUCAUUGUAGCAGACUGGGGCAACAGCCGAAUACAGGUGUUCGACAGCGCCGGCUCAUUCUUGUCCUACAUUAACACCACAGCAGACCCCCUGUAUGGACCUCAGGGCCUGGCCCUCACCGCUGAUGGACAUGUGGUGGUGGCAGACUCCGGGAAUCACUGCUUCAAAGUCUACCGAUACCUGCAGUAACACAGGAGGCCAGUUGGCAUGUUUGGAAACGAAACCAACAAACAAAUAUUUACUGAAGACGGAAGAAAUGGACAGGGUGCAAUUUGUUUUUCUCAUCUACAAUCAAGAUUUGCAAAACUUGAGUUCACAUCAGACAAGAACAUACAUGACUACUAUUAGUGGGGUUUCUACUAACACUGUAAAGUUUAACAAAAUGAGGCAAAGGACUCACAAUUUUUAAAUUUAAAAAAAACACACAAAAAUCUAAGAUGACAGUUAUGUCUUAUAUCAGGAGACAGAAGAUAAAGUAAAUCUUGGUUGUAUAUUCAAAGUUUUUACUUUUAGUGUGUGGAUAAAAACAGCAAAAAAAUUAUUUAGCAAAACAAACUGAAGUGUUGCCCAGCAACAGUUUUUCCAAAUGCAUGAUGGUGACUCUUAGUGUAUCAGAUCAUCGGUUAGACAAGAGAGAGGAUCUGUUUAUUUGUGAGAGGAGGAGAGAAGCUGGCAAAUUUCUCAUGGACAUGACCAAAAAUAAAACUAAACAGGGAGCAUCCAUGUAUUUAAUUCCAUUAAUUUCAUCAAAAAAAAUAAGUUGAAUUUAAUAUUUAAUAAUGACAACAAGCCAGCCACUGCUAUACUGAUUGUGUUUAUUCCCAUUUGUUGUUGAUUUGUAUAUGUUUAUAAUUAUUUAACUGUUGACUGUAUAUUUAAAUAUAUAUACAAUGCAGAAGAGCAGCUAUUUUGGAUACAGAAACUUUAUUGCAGUACAACGCAGUAGUACUGAGCUAGUAUUGAUUAUUUUGCUGUACUGGUGUAUGAAUCAGAACGAAGUCCACCCCUCAAUAGCACCCCGGUUAUAUUGGAUUACUCAUCAUGCGUUUUACCUGAUAUGUUCAACUCAGUGUCAGUGACGAUCAUUAAUUGUGAGGGGGUAAUGUUUUAAAAAAUGCUUAAAUAUAUGCUGUAAUCAAACUGAGGUGUGUGCUACAGCUGACAAAAAGACACAGAUAAUAAGCCAAUAACUAACAAGUUGCUUAUUGAGGUGCUAGGAUUGAGACUUGUUUUGCAUCACCGCCUGUGCUACUGCAAAUUUACUGCAUCCAUAUACUACAAUGAGAGUUCCAUAAAUCCUAUUCCAUUGUUAGUUCAUCCUGCUCCCCGAGAGGGAGAUUCUAGGACUGUAGCUGUCUAUUUGUCAAUAUCACCAAGUGCACCUCUGGUACCAUACUACAGUGCCACCUGUCUGAUAUGAAAAGGGUUGCUAUGGCUACAGUCUCACCUAAUGCAUAGUGGUCAUGAACAAGUACAAUAGCCUGCCCUCAUAAUGAAGACCUUGGUAGAUAAGAACAGACAGUCCCCCAACAGAAAGUUUCUGUAACUUUUUCUCCCUUAAUUAAAUAAAAAAAUCUAGAUAGACUUCAAUCUUGUCAUAAGAGAAAACCACCAUUUAGUAGGAUCUUUGAAAUAGUUGUCAGCAGUAUUUAUAUACAUUUUUAACAGCACAAUAUUUCACCUUUUUUAUAUCAAUUUAGUUUUUCAUAAUUUAUUUUCUUUUCUAAAUUAUUUGAUCUUUUUCUAAUUUGAAGUAUUUGUUUUGCCAAGGUUGUGGAAUGUAACAAAAAAAUAAAAUAAUUGUACUGAAGGGACAUCAUAAUCCCCCUAAGAGCUAGCAUUAAUAUGCUCUGUAUCAAAAUGUAGUGCAAAGAUUUGGUACAGAAUGUAUUUCAAACUAUCUAUCUAUCACUGGUCCAGUGGUUAAAGAAAAGGGCUUGUAACCAGGAGGUCCCCGGUUCAAAUCCCACCUCAGCCACUGACUCAUUGUGUGACCCUGAGCAAGUCACUUAACCUCCUUGUGCUCCGUCUUUCGGGAGAGACGUAACUGUAAGUGACUCUGCAGCUGAUGCAUGGUUCACACACCCUAGUCUCUGUAAGUCGUCUUGGAUAAAGGCGUCUGCUAAAUAAACAAAUAAUAAUAAUUAUCUAUCUAUAUAUAUAUAUAUAUAUAUAUAUAUAUAUAUAUAUAUAUAUAUAUAUAUAUAUAUAUACUGUAUAUACACACACACUGAUAAAUUGCUGUUUUGUGACUGUUUUAACACAGCCACACAGUUUAAUUGUUUAAUUGAUUAAUUGUUUUAUUGAUUUAAUAGAAAAGUGUGGAAUGUGGCCAGAUGAUAAUUGAAUUAUUGACUGACAAUUAGCCCUGGCCACAGACUGUAUAAACAGGUCUGAAAUGUUUGUUUUUUGUCUGUAUGAAGGUUAAGGCUUGAGGAAGCCUGUGAGUAUUGUGAUACUUUUAUGUUACGGCUCCUCCCCUUCUGAUUCCGGAGAUGGCAGCGGCCCCUCCCAUUUGGCUCUGGAGAUGGCAGUGGCUCCUCCACUUCAGCUUUGGAGAUGACAGCGGCUUCUCCCCUUUGGCUCUGGAGGUGACAGCGGCUCCUCCCUCUGACUAUGGAGAUGACAGCGGCUCCUCCCUCUGACUAUGGAGAUGGCAGUAGCCCCUCCCUCUGGCUAUGGAGACAGCGAUGCUUCUCCCCCUGGUUCUGGAGACAGCAGGGCGGUGCCUUGUAUUUAUUUUCAUACAAAACACAAAAUACAAAAAAACAAAACCUAACUACGUCACGGAGUGCUUGCUAAACUUUUACAAGUCCUAGCUAUAAACUGGAUGGCUUAGCCGUUUAACAUAAAAGUAUCACAAUACCUUUCAGGUCUGUCCCCCACUGGCCUUAGCCUUCAUACAGACACAAACCAAACAUUUCACAUCUGUUUAUAUAGGGUUGCCAGGCGUAAUUCACAAUCAAUAAUUAAUUACCUGCCUAAUUCCACACUUUUCUAUAAAAUCAAUAAAACAGUGAAUCAAUUAAAUAAUUAAAUUAUGUGGUUGUGUAAAACACAAAAUACCCAUUUAUCAGUGUGCAGGGCCACCUUUGACCUUUGACUGUGCCUUCUGCCAGUUCUGUUGUCAAUUCAACGCUUGUCUUCUUUCUAUUCCUUAAGGAUAUUAUCUUCAAGUAUUGCUCAUCCUUGUUAGACAGCUUUUUGGGUCUUACAGUCCUGGGUUUGUCAAUUAAAGAUGAUGUUUCUCUGUACUUGUUGAUUUGCUUCAGAUACCACACCUUGAAAAUUGAGUGAUGUGAGCUAUUUCACUCAGUGUUUUGCCUUCUUUAUACAAGUCAAGGUUGUUAUAAUAGUAGAAAACACUAGUGGAGGCUUUGAGUAAAUUAUUGAUGCUCAUAAUGCAUGAGAGUAGAAAAAUGCAACAUGUCUAAGACUUUUGCACAGCAAUGUAUAUAUACAUACUGUGUAUAUAUAUAUAUAUAUAUACACCCUCACUGUCAUUCCAGCAAUAAAGGGUGUUAGAAAUUCCAGCAAUUGGCAGCACCGCUUUUACACUGACCAGAGCUGGCCAUGCUGGUUGGGAUUGAUUAGAGCUGGCUUGUAUUCCUGUGCUAGGUUUAGGAGAGUGCAGGAGAAAAAAAUGUAAUUUGAACAAGAUGGAGUAAAUACCCCAUUCGAAUCAAAGAGAAAUUAAACAUUAAAAGAGACAAUAAGAAAUGUGUUGUGUAUCCAGUUACCAACUACCCCAGAUGAGUGACAGUAAUUGCUACAUUUUAUUUAGCUGGGUUACAUGAGUAACAAGAAAUGCUUAAUUUGGGACAGACAUGUUCAAGUUUCCUGAAGCAGGCAUGGCAACAUUGACCUUUUUGUCCAAUUCUUUGUUCCAAUGAUGUUCCAAAGUGCCAUUUAAACCUGUAACCAUGCCCUAAAGUAUUUCAUUUGACCUAUUAUCCUGAGCUUGCCCACUUCACUGCUCCAAAGUUAGGAAUAUUGCAGUAAAAAAGCAAAGAGAACUUGCUGAUACAGUAGUUAUAUGUCAAAUAAAUAAAUAAAUACAGCAAUGCCGUUAACCCUUUGCGGUCCUAUGUUGGACGCAAAAGACGCAAAAAACAGGUUUCUAGUCGUUUUUUCUCUGGAAAAAGCCGAGAAAACCAUUCAAUGGCCGAGUGGGAGCAACAGGAGCCGAGACAAGCUGAAAAAAAAAGGGCGUAUCUCAUGAAUAGUCAUACUUGCCCCUGGCAUCUGAUAAUGGAGGCCAUAAGGAAACAAGCUGGCUGUGACUGCAUCAGCGCUCAGAGAAUAUCAUAGACAUCUGCAGAGCUUUUUUCAGAUGUUAUAGUAAUAAAAUAAUGAGUUGGAUCACAUUAUUGAGGCGUUUAGUGAUAAAACGAGUGAUCAGGAGAUGAUUGAUCGGUAUGUACCACUAUUAUUAUUAUUAUUUAUUUCUUAGCAUAUGUGAAAGCUACAGCGAACGAAAGGGUGGGGCGGGGCUGGAGAUGCCUAGUGAGUGCUUUGUUGAUAUGCAGGGCCUUUUAAACCCGUUUGACUGUGGAAAAAAAUACUUUUAAACAGCGUGUCUAAAAUUAACUGCGGGUGUGAAAAUAAAUUGGACCUGACGCGCCUGACACGCACUUAAUAAAUGGACUGCAAAGGGUUAAAAAAAAAAGAGGAAAAUAAAUGUCCAGCACAGUGGAGACAACAAGUAUAAAUGUUUGAUAUUGUAUUAAUUGACUGCUGGUGUUUCCUAAGAUCCCUGCUGCUUGCAUAGAGAUUUGAUGCUAAGAAGUACCACUACCAAGAAUAACAUUAGAAUGUUUUAAAUAAAAAUGGUAAUAUUUGAAAUGUACAAAUAAAAACAAUGCAAGGGAAAGCAAAGGAAAUUAGAAAAUGAUGGACAUAACACACAUCUUAUUUUUUAAACUGGAUUAAGUUUAGAGCUGUCUUCACAAAGUAAGUCCAGAGGCUGUUUAGCUUGGUUUGUGGUUUACGUAGUCUAGUUUCUAGUCUGAAGUAUUACACCUUUAAGCCUCCAUUCAAUGCACACAGCUUGGGAGUCAUUACACUGUAGGUUGAGGGUGAGGCAAUUGUAUUAUGUUGCUGACAGGUUGACAUGAAGUUCAUUCUCAAUACAGUUUAAUCUCUGCUUGAAGGGUUUGCAUUUGGAAGACAAGGAGUCCUUCAGUCUGUGCUGUACAUACCAUACUGUUAGCCUCAACAACCCUGGCGGUGUUACCAAGCAAUGUAUAGCGUAUGACAAGGGAAUGAAAGAAACGGUUCCCUUCCUUUUACUGACUCAAUGUGUACAGUACACAUGUGUUUGCAUUGUAGCAGCAGCCAUAAAAAUCGAGCUAAAGUGAAAGGGUUUUGCUAUAGAAACCAGUGUAGGCCUGUCAUUUUAGUAGCCUAGUGUUGCUGUAAAGAAAAUACCGUUUAAUGAAGUAUUUGUUUUAAACACAUUUGAAUGAAAUGAGAUGAAAUGGGUCUGUCUAUUAAAUCUGAUGCCCUGUACUCUUUGGCAUGUUGUUUUGAGAACUAACACUUUUCCUUUGGUUUCCAGUGGGGGUUUGGAUACUUUUGUUGUCAGGGGUUUACAAAGCAGCUUAACGGUUCUCAACCCUUCAGGUUCGAAUGACCCAGCCCUUCUAAUCAACUACAAUUCACAUGAAGAGGCUUCUUUAUCAUGUUUUAUUUGUAGAAAGUAGUGUUCCGUGUCAGAGUGCUAGUUUGCCCCAUCGCUUCCUUCACUUUUUUGGUCUCAGCAAGAACGGUUGAUAAAGAAUUCUUAUUGCAGGACCAAACCAUUACCCAGAUGAGGCAUCAUAGCACAUCUGUUUAAUAGCCAUGUUAUCUCUGCAUUAAAGGUUUGUACAGUAUGUUGUAGAACAAUAAGAUUAUUUUAUAAAGGUGUCUGAAACAUUAGGCCUACAUGCAAACAACACAUUAAAGAACAAGACAAGAGAUGCAAACUUAAGUAUAGUAGUAGAUUUAUCUUUAAUAAAAUGCAAUUGAGCCUGAAAUGCCAGAGCAAUCUGAGACAAGAAAAUCUCUUGUAUUAGCUCUUCCUGUUGGAGCAAUGAAUGUAAAGGUAUUCACAGCCCUUUCAGUAAUAUUAUUCAGUGCACUGCGACUGUAUAUUAAAUGUGGAAACUUUUACUGUGUGGUUGUAAUUCUCUACUGUAUACGUACGAAGACAUACAGGGUCAGUAUUGAGAGCGGGACGGUUACAAAACCCAACAUUUUACAACAAGUCCACUUGAAUGCUGUUUCCUUCGGCUGAGUCCUGCACUUCAUUCAUAAUUGUAAACCAUAAAUAGUAAACCUUUGCAUACUGUCAGUAUUGAAUGUUGCCUUAUGAUAAAGAAAAGAGUUUCUAUU